AUGCUCACUGAUACUGCAUUUGAAAAAUUAUAUCAAUCUGGUAAUGAUGCUUCAUCAACAUCAAAUGUUAUUUCAUCCAUCUCUUGGGUACCUAAAGGUGCUUUUAAAUUAAUUCCAACAAUUUUAGCAGAUUCCAUGACAGAACCACCAAAAGAUCCAAAGGAACAACAAGAUGAUGAUGAUGAAGAUAAUGAAAUGGAAGAUUCUGAAAUGAAUGAUGAUGAACAAGUAGAAGAAGAAGAAACAAGUAAAAUUGGAGGAUUGGAAGAAAUUUCACUUGAAGAAUUAUUAUAUAAAUCAGUUGGAGGUAAAAAUUUAACCAUGUAUGAAAAUAAUGAACAAGAUCCAUAUUUAAAAGGACGAGGAUUGAGUGAUUCAAGUGAAGAAGAAGAUUUUGAAUUAAAAGCAACAGAUUUACCACUUGUUGCUAUUCAUAAUGAAGAAGAUGGAUUAACAACACUUCAAGUUUGGAUUUAUGAACAAGAAGAAGAUAAUUUAUUUAUGCAUCAUGAUUUAUUAUUAGGAAAUUAUGGUCUUUGUACACAUUGGUUAAAUUUAUCAUCAAUUUCACAACCAUCAAAUUGUAUUGCAAUUGGUACAUUUGAACCACAAAUUGAAAUUUGGGAUUUAGAUAUUGUUGAUCCAAUUGAACCUGUUAUGAUUUUAGGAAAUGAAACUGAUUCUAAAAAGAAGAAAUCACAAUCAAUGGGACAUAAGGGUGCAAUUUUAUCAAUGUCAUUCCGUUCUUCUGAUUCAAAAUUAGCUUCUGGAAGUGAUGAUAAAUCAAUUGUUAUUUGGGAUUUAUCAAAUCAAAAACCUUUUUAUCAAGUUAAAGGUGCAGGUGCUUCUCCAAUUCAAUCAGUUCAAUUCCAUCAUACUGAACAAAAUAUUUUAUUAGCAUGUCCAAUUUCUGAUCAUGUUUGUAAAGUUUUUGAUGCAAAACAACAAAAUUCAAAACCAAAAUCAUUUAAUUUGCAAAAAUUCAAUAAUGUAUUCCCUGAUAUUGAAUCUGCUAUUUGGAAUCCAAAUAAUCCUUAUGAAUUUGUUUGUGCACAAGAUAAUGGUUUUAUUACUUGUUUUGAUAUUAGAAAUGAAAAGACUCCAGUUUACAAUAUCAAUGCUCAUUCAGGUGCUUCAUGUAGUUCAAUUUCAUUCUCCAAUUUGAAAUCAAAUUUAAUGGCUUCUGUUGGUUCAGAUUCCUGUGUUAGAUUGUGGAAUACAAAGACAUCAACUCCUGAAUUAGUUUACACAAAGAAUGUAAAGAAGAGUAUGUCUGAUAUUUAUAGUUGUGCUUUUGCUCCUUCAACCCUCAAUGAUGAUAUCAUUUUAGCUUAUGGUGGUUCAGGAGGAAAUUUGAGUGUUUUGAAUAUUUCUCUAUUGACUUCCCAAUCAUACAACUGA